GAGAAAAUUUUAAUCAAGAAGUUAUUAGCUCGAUAUCAUUCACAGGGUAAAACUGGUCGACCAAUAGUUAAUUUUAAAGAUAGUUUAACAGUCAAUUUUAGCCUGUCUUUAAUACAAGUAUUGGAUGUAGAUGAACAAAAUCAAGUUUUAAAAACCAAUAUAUGGUACCAUUACGUAUGGAAAGAUAUACUACUAACGUGGAACCCUAAGGAACAUGAUAAUAUAACCAGCAUCAGGGUACCCGCUGAUUACAUUUGGUUACCAGAUAUUCUGUUAUAUAAUUUUGCUGAUGAUAGAUUAAAAGAACAAAGAGAAGCUCUAGUUGUUGUUCAACAUACUGGUAAUUUAUUGUGGAUGCCACAAGCCAUUUUAAACAGUUCAUGUUCAUUUGAUACCCUAUAUUUCCCUUUUGAUGAACAAACAUGUUAUCUAAAAUUUGGAUCAUGGACUUACAGUGGCGAUCAGUUAAAUGUGGAAUUUUUACUCGGCCAAGAUAAAAUGGAUUUACAUGAAUAUAUGAAAAGUAAUGAAUGGGAUUUGAUUGAUAAUUCAGGAAAACGAAAUGUAAAAUAUUACUCCUGCUGUCCUGAGCCUUACAUAGAUUUAACUUUCAAACUCAGUUUUAGACGUCGAGUGGCAUUUUAUACUUUUAUAUUAAUCUUACCAUGUGGUCUCUUAUCCUUAUUGACUUUAGUGAUAUUUUGGGUUCCCCCCGAGUCGCCAGCCAAGCUGCAAUUAGGAAUGAAUAUAUUUCUUGCCUUUUUCGUCCUGUUAUUAUUAUUAGCUGAUUAUACUCCGAGAGCAGCUACUACCAUUCCGUUGAUAGGAUCAUAUUUCUGUCUGAGUAUGGUAAUGAUAACAAUGUCAACUGUUCUUGCCUGUAUAAUAGCCAAUAUGUUUUUCCGUGGUGUACGGGUCAAUAGAGCUCCACAAUGGCUGAGAUCGUGUGUAUUUGAUGGUAUUGCGAGAGCCAUGUGUCUUGGUGAUAUGAUUAAUGAGGUUCAGAGAGAAUACAAUUCUCAUAGGAAGGUGUGGAAAUCUUAUGUCACAACAGAACCUGACGACGAAGACUCCGAGAUGGCCUCCAAUCCUGUAUCUACGGAAGUGAGUGCAAUUAAAGAGAUAAUGAGCAGAUUUGAUGAAAGAUCUAAUAAUGCUGAUAUUAAAAAGAGAAAUACGGAAGAAUGGAGAAUAAUAGCGUGUGUUGUUGACCGAAUAUUCUUUGCCUUUUAUGUGUUGAUCAACAUUAUUGGUAUUGCGGUCAUUUUGGUAAAAGGCAACGUGGCGUAUUAG